CUGGAAGAGCGGCCACGCGUGGUGUCACUGGUCCACUCGCUGGCCAACUACAACGCCAUCAUCCCGUCGGCCAACGACCAUGACCAGAAGCCGGUGCGGCGACAGACCAAGCUCGGCACGAUGCUGGGCGUCUUUCUUCCAUGCAUUCAGAACAUAUUCGGCGUCAUACUGUUCAUCCGGCUGACGUGGAUCGUGGGCACGGCCGGCGCCCUGGAGAGCUUCAUGGUGGUGCUCAUGUGCUGCUGUGUGACGCUGCUCACGUCGAUCUCGAUGUCGGCCAUCGCCACGAACGGAGUGGUGCCCGGCGGCGGCUCCUACUUCAUGAUCUCGCGCGCGCUCGGGCCCGAGUUCGGCGGCGCCGUCGGCAUCCUCUUCUACCUGGGCACCACCUUCGCCUCAGCUAUGUACAUCAUCGGCGCCAUCGAGAUUCUACUGCUGUACAUCGAGCCGCGCAUGGCCAUCAGCGACAUAUCAGACGACGCCAACAAGUUCGACAACUUCCGACUGUACGGCACCAUCCUGCUGCUCAUCAUGGCCACCAUCGUGUUCGUGGGCGUCAAGUUCGUCAACAUCUUCGCCACCAUCGCGCUGGUCUGCGUGCUCGGCAGCAUCCUCUCCGUCUACGUCGGCAUGUUCGUCAACGUGCACGGAUCGGACGCGCUCAUGACGUGUCGACUGGGCGAGCGACUCUUGAAGGAGGACCCGGUGAACAAGUCGGCGUCCGCCUGCACACCGGAGCACCUGUGGCCCACGUUCUGCAAGUCGCCGCUCGACCUGCACAACCGCACCGGCUGCUACUACUACUUCGCCGACCACUUCAACGAGACCUACUACGAGCGCGGCAUCGCCGGCAUCGCCAGCAGCUCCUUUCAGAAGAACUUGUACUCGCGCUACCCUCGGAAGAACAACUACGUUACGGAGAACGGCAGCUCGGUGGCGGCCAAGAACCUGGGCAUGGGCGAGUACAACCAGAUCAUGGCUGACAUCACCACGUCCUUCACCGUUCUCAUCGGCAUCUUCUUCCCCUCAGUCACCGGUAUCAUGGCCGGCUCGAACCGUUCGGGCGACCUGGCCGACGCGCAGAAGUCGAUCCCGGUGGGCACCAUCUGCGCCGUGCUGGUCACUAGCACAGUCUACCUGACGGGGCGUCAUGUUCUUCGCGCCACUUUCUCGCCUCUGCUGCUUCUCGACAAGUUCGGCGAUAGCGUGGGCAAGCAGCUGGUGGUGGCGCAGGUGGCCUGGCCGCACCCGAUGGUGGUCACCAUCGGCUCGCUGCUCUCCACCAUCGGCGCCGGCCUGCAGUCGCUGACGGGCGCGCCGCGGCUGCUGCAGGCCAUCGCCCAGGACAACAUCCUGCCCAUCCUCGACCCGCUCAGUGUCAGCUCCAAGCGCGGCGAGCCCGUGCGGGCCCUGCUCGUCACCGCCUUUAUCUCGGAGGUGGGCAUCCUGAUCGGCAACCUGGACGAGAUCACGCCGAUCAUCACCAUGUUCUUCCUCAUGUGCUACGGCUUCGUGAACCUGGCGUGCGCGCUGCAGACGCUGCUGCGCACGCCCAGCUGGCGACCGCGCUUCAAGUACUACCACUGGAUGCUGUCCUUCCUGGGCCUCUCGCUGUGCAUCACCGUCAUGUUCAUGACCAGCUGGUACUACGCGCUGGUCGCCAUGGUGAUCGCUUUCGUCAUAUACAAGUACAUCGAAUUCCGCGGGGCGGAGAAAGAGUGGGGGGACGGCAUCCGCGGUCUGGCGCUGUCCGCCGCGCGCUUCUCCCUGCUGCGGCUGGAGGAGGGGCCGCCGCACACCAAAAACUGGCGCCCCCAGCUGCUGCUGUUCGCCAAACUCGACUCCGAGCUGAACAUCAAGUACCCGAAGCUCAUCACGUUCGCCUCUCAGCUGAAGGCUGGCAAAGGUCUGACGAUGCUGGUAACAGUGCUGGAGGGUGACUUCAGCAAGACGUACGGCGAAGCGCAGGCGGCGCGCCUCAGCAUACGGAAGGAGCUGGACCACGAGAAGGUCAAGGCCUUCGUCGACGUGCUGGCCGCCCAGAACGUCAUCGAGGCCAUCAAUCACUUUAUGCAGACGGCGGGCAUGGGCGGCCUGCGACCCAACACGGCGGUGCUGGGCUGGCCUUACGGCUGGCGCCACCAGACGGACGCCAAGGCGCACCGCGUGUUCCUCGAGUCCGUGCGCAACACCAGCGCCAACAAGAUGGCGCUGCUCGUGCCCAAGGGCAUCAACUUCUUCCCGGCCAACAACGAAAAGGUGGUUGGCAACAUCGACAUCUGGUGGAUCGUACACGACGGUGGCCUCCUGAUGCUGCUGCCCUUCCUGCUGAAGCAGUCGCGCACCUGGAAGGGCUGCAAGAUGCGUAUCUUCACCGUGGCGCAGAUGGAGGAUAACAGCAUACAGAUCAAGAAGGAUCUGAAGACGUUCCUCUAUCACCUCCGGAUAGAGGCAGAAGUGGACGUCGUAGAAAUGGGCCACGACAGCGACAUCUCGGCCUACACGUACGAGCGCACGCUCAUGAUGGAGCAGCGCAACCAGAUGCUGCAGGAGAUGCGGCUCAGCAGGAAGGAGCGGAACUCGGUGCGGGGCUUUAAGUUCGAUGAGAGGCCGGCCCUGGCCCAGGUAUUUCCGCGCCGGCUCCGCCGGCGGGCGGCUUGUCGGUGUUUUGUCUGGAAUAACUAGCUAACUGUUGUGGCUCGGAUUGACUAGUGUUAGUUACUGUGCAGGAUGCCUUUCCACUCGCGACUGGACUGGACCUAGACCUUCCGUGGAUAUGUACUCAUUCUAAACUGGAUCGGAUGACAUCCUGCGCUGAUCUAACUGCUCGCUGUUUGCCUGAUUUGAUGUUUGCCUCGUGGGCAUCUAUCCGCGCUAAACUGGCUCUAACGUCAGUCUGCUGCAGCUACCUGUCCGCUUUAGACCAGCCUUGCCAUGGGAUAUAUCCGACCUAUCCCAGAUAUCACCGAGACCCACUAAGGAUACCCACCGUGGGCAUAAAUGGACGUAGCGCCAGUCGCUGCCGCUAUUUUUUCGCUG